GGGUGGGGUGAGAGGGAGGGGAUUCGAGGUGAAAUACCUUCGACUAGCGAGUUUGAGACCCGUCAGGGGGUGGAAUAUGUAGAUAAUUCAGAAAGGGGAAUGUAUUGUUGGGAGGGAACUUUCUUCGCCUCAGAGACUCUAGGAGUUGGGGUGAUCCUUCAGGAUGGGCAGGAAUUUCGAAAUCCCCAACACUUCCUCCUUCCGGGGGAUUUGAUCCCCCAUGGCCACCGCUAACAGCAUCAUUGUGCUGGAUGAUGAUGAUGAAGAUGAAGCAGCUCAGCCAGGGCCCUCCCACCCAGCCCCCAAGGAGGCCUCAGCCUCACCCCAGGCAGAAGCCCCUGGCUCCUCGCAGCCCCAUGGUGCGGAAGGAAGCGGCAAGAAAUGCUACAAAUUGGAGAAUGAGAAGCUGUUUGAAGAGUUCCUUGAACUGUGUAAGGCGCACACAGCAGACCACCCUGAUGUGGUUCCAUUCCUCUAUAAACGGCAGCAGCGGGCCCACUCUCUGUUUUUGGCCUCAGCGGAGUUCUGCAACAUCCUGUCUCGGGUCCUAUCUCGGGCCCAGAGCCGGCCAGCUAAGCUCUAUGUCUACAUUAAUGAGCUCUGUACUGUUCUCAAGGCGCACUCAGCCAAGAAAAAGCUGAACCUGGCCCCCGCUGCCACCACCCCUAGUGAGCCCUCUGGUAGUAACCCUUCCACAGACCCCUCCUUAGACCCCACAAAUGCGGAGACCACUGGCUCUGAGGCCCCAAGGACCCGUGGUUCCCGGCGGCAGAUCCAGCGCUUGGAGCAGCUGCUAGCACUCUACGUGGCGGAGAUUCGGCGGCUGCAAGAAAAGGAGUUGGAUCUCAAAGAAUUGGAUGACCCAGACUCCACAUACCUGCAGGAGGCAAGGUUGAAGCGGAAGCUGAUCCGCCUCUUUGGGCGGCUGUGUGAGCUAAAAGACUGCUCUUCACUGACAGGUCGCGUCAUAGAGCAGCGCAUUCCCUACCGAGGCACCCGCUACCCAGAGGUUAACAGGCGCAUUGAGCGGCUCAUCAACAAGCCAGGGCCUGAUACCUUCCCUGACUAUGGAGAUGUGCUGCGGGCUGUAGAGAAGGCAGCUGCUCGGCACAGCCUUGGCCUCCCCCGGCAGCAGCUCCAGCUCAUGGCCCAAGAUGCUUUCCGAGAUGUGGGCAUCAGGUUACAGGAGCGACGCCACCUUGAUCUCAUCUAUAAUUUUGGCUGUCACCUCACAGAUGACUAUAGGCCAGGCAUUGACCCCGCACUGUCAGAUCCCGCCCUAGCCCGGCGCCUGCGGGAAAACCGGAGCUUGGCUAUGAGCCGACUGGAUGAAGUCAUCUCCAAAUAUGCGAUGAUGCAAGACAAGAGUGAGGAGGGCGAGAGACAGAAGAGAAGAGCUCGGCUACCCCAAGCCACCUCUUCCCAUUCCACAGACCCCCCUAAAGCCUCCUUGGAUUCUGGUGAGGGCCCUAGUGGAAUGGCAUCCCAGGAGUGCCCUACCACCUCCAAGGUUGAGACAGAUGAUGGGGAAGAUGAAGAAAGUGAGGAAGAGGAAGAGGAGGAGGUCACAGAUUCUGAAGAGGAGGAGGAUCUGGAACAGAUGCAGGAAGGUCAAGGGGAUGAUGAAGAGGAGGAGGAGGAAGCAGGUAAAGAUGGAGACAGGAGCCCCAUGUCCCCACCACAGAUCUCCACUGAAAAGAACUUGGAACCCAGCCAAGGGAUCAACAGGUCUUCAGGGGAACAGCAAAACAAAGGACUUAGAGUGUCAUCAUCUCCACUGUCAGAAGAGCCCCUGGCUACCUCCAGUAUAGAUGCUGAAAGCAAUGGGGAAUACCUUGAGGAGUUGCCCUUGGAGAAAGAGAGCCCUGUGUCUCAGGUCUUUGAGCUAGAGAUUGAAGCCUUGACUGUGGAUACCACCCCUUCCCCCGAGGAAGGAGACAUUUCCUCUUCCAGGAAGCAAUCAGAGGACCCCCUCACCACUGUCCUGGAGAAUGGAGCAGCCAUGGUCACCUCAACUUCCUUCAAUGGAGGUGUCUCUCCUCAUACCUGGAGAGAUUCCAGUCCCCCUUGCAAGAAAUCUCGGAAGGAGAGGCAAAUGGGAGCAGGGCCAGUAGGAAACAGCUUUGUGGAAGGGCAUGAGAAGACUGGGAAGAAGAUAUGUACCCUGCCCCACCCACCUUCCCCCUUGGCUUCCAUGGCCCCAGUUGCUGAUUCCUCAACGAGGGUGGACUCUCCUAGCCAUGGCUUGGUGACCAGCUCCCUCUGUAGCCCAUCUCCAGCCCGGUUGACCCUAAACCCCCAGUCAAAACCCUCCCAGUCUGGUACUUACAAGAUGAGUGUGGCCACACAAUGUGAUCCAGAGGAGAUCAUCGUGCUCUCAGACUCUGAUUAG